UGCACUCUUCUAACCUUCUUCAACUUUUUUUGCCCACAUUCACCUGUUUAUAUCUGUACGAAGAUUUUUUUAGCCCCCAUCCUUUAUAAUCCAAUAAACAACGCGAAACGCUUUCUCUUUAGGCAUUUUCAGUUUUUGACUUGUGUCCUAAUUCCAAAUGUUAUAUAGUUUCACAAGCUAGGCAAGAUUAUAUAUAUAUAUAUAUAUAUAUGUUUCUCACACCGUUUGUGGCUCUACUUGUACGCGGUUGUUGAUGUCUUCAGGGCCUUUAUUGAUUAAAGGCAAAACCUUUUCUUCUGCACGGAAUUUCCACACACUCUACCCGGUCUCUUCUCCUUACGUGUGUUUUCAGGCAAAAAUUUGAGGAAAAUCCAAUCUCGAUAAUCUUGUAUUGUGGGGGAUGUGAAAUUCCCUGGCGAAUUAAAGAUGACGACUUUGAGUGGGUUAGGUCUUGGUUUGGGUCUGGUAUUUGGGUGUUUACUUUUGGCACUUGUUGCGGAGCUUUACUAUUUGCUUUGGUGGAAGAAGAAGAGAAUCACAGACGGGUCAGAGAUAGAAGAAGACGAGUACGGAAACUUUGCAAAAGAGCUCUUCCACUUCAUUUGCUGGAAGAGAAACGCCUCAAACGACAAAGAUAACAAAAACGACACUUCCCAGAGGAAACGAGACCCAGACGAGGAAGACCCGGAAUUGGGCUGCUCAGGCAAAGACCACGUUUUGCUGAAGCCCAUCAAUGGAGACCAUCAGGAAGGUGUGGAAUCCGAGCUGAUGAGACUCCACAACAUGGCGGGCCCACCGAGAUUCCUCUUCACCAUCAAGGAGGAGACCAAGGAGGAUUUGGAAUCCGAAGAUGGGAGGUCCAGAAAAGGGUCAAGAACUAGGAGCUUGAGUGAUCUAACGGUGGCUGUGGAAACUCCCUUUCUCACUCCUUUGGCCUCUCCACGGCUGAAAUCUUCUCCUCUGAAGAACAACAAUCUUUUGGAUUCUUACAAACACCAUGGAUUCAAUCCUCUUUUUGAAUCGUCCACAGAGGAUGAACUCAACAGGCUGAGAUCUUCUCCGCCGCCAAAGUUCAAGUUCUUGAGAGACGCUGAGGAGAAGCUCUACAGAAGAUUAAUGGAGGAAGCUGAGAAAAGGGCAUCUCAGAAUUCAGCAGCUGUUGUAACUGAAGAUCAGAAAGAUGGGUCUCUUUUCACAUUCAUGGUUGGAAACAACAACAACAACAGCAAUAAAAAUCAUAAUCUGCCACAGUUUCCUUCAAGCUCUUCUCAGGUACUCCCACUGGCCUCUUCUCCCAAAGCUUUCAAAGCAGGUCAACUUGAUUGCAACAAAUUACCCAUUUUGCAUUGAUUAAUCUCUAGCUCUUACCACUUUUGCCCACCAGACAGAUCUUGUUAAUUCUUUUUUUUAUAUAUAUAUAUAUAUAUAUAUAUGUUGAAAUUUUCAGGAUCAUUACUUGUGUAUUUAUCUAAAAAGGCAUUUUCUUUA